UUAACCCUUGCUUGGGAUGACUUCAAACUUCCUAACUACCAGGCUGGUUAUAUUGUGGAAUACAGAACCAAGGAAGGGGAGGACGGAAAACCAGGAGAGUGGAUACAAAUUCAGGGCACCAAUUUCCCUCUGCUGUCAAUUUCUCGACUACGCCCUCUCACGGCCUAUCAAGCUCGAGUAUCCGUGUGGGAGGACGAAAAGAUAGGUACUUCCUCCGAAGUCGUUACUGUAUUUACUGAAGAUGGCUGUGUGAAAAAUAAUCAAACCGUCAAGGUAGGACAAGAGUAUUUCAAAGGUUGUGAACAACGUUGUUUCUGUAAAGGAAACAAUACAGACGACUGUCAGGACAGGUGUGGUGCACCUUUCAUAUCAAUAGAUGAAGCUAAGAAUAAUAAUUCAUCAUGUUCCCUGGUCCCCUCACCAGAUGACUCCUGUUGUGUCAAGGUCAUGUGCAGCCAUGGAUUAGCAGACACUGUUGAAUCACCUGAAGGCAGUCUCGAGGACGAGGCACUAAUUACAGACAGGAGAGAUAACGUCACAAUGAUGGGCGACCAAUAUCUGUUGUCUAGUAAAGAAGAUCAAAAAAUGAAACAAGACGAGAAACUCUCUGACAACCAAUCGUCGAUAGACAUAACAUUUCCUCCGAAGUCACAAGACGAGAAACCCUCAAAUAACCAAUCGUCGAUAGACAUAACAUUUCCUCCGAAGUCACAAGACGAGAAACCCUCAAAUAACCAAUCGUCGAUAGACAUAACAUUUCCUCCGAAGUUAUUUACCGAAACUGAUGGAGAGUCAGUGAACGCAACAAUCUCCCCUUUCUUAGGAAACGACAGUGAUGCAUUGGAGACCGAUAAUAAAACAAGUGAAAUGCCACUGAUGGCAUCUGAUGAAGCCAAAAGCGAGAAGAAGUCAACAUCAGUAUUAAAACUCAAGCUUCCACGUCUGUUAGAUGGUUGUCAGUUUAAGAAUCACACAUACGCAAUCGGAGAAAAGUUCUAUGACGGUUGUGAAGCUUCUUGUCUUUGUGAAGGUGUUGGAAAAAUUUCAUGUCUUCCACGAUGCUCCCUACAAGACACGAGCGGACAUACUUGCAAAGAAGUUCCUGAUCCAAAUGAUCCCUGCUGCUACAUAGUAGAGUGCACACCAUUAGGAAUACAUCCCAUAGACGUAAAAGCUUUACCAAUUGAAAUCAAAUCUGUCGAGCCUCGGAAUGCAACAUCUGCCCGACUUAGUUUUUCGAUGAUGUCACAUGGUGAUAGUCCUCUGGAAGUAAAGGUUCAGCUCUGGAUAGCCCCAGUUCCUGAAUCCAAUGAUGGUGCCCUCAAUUGGACAAAGAGAAUAUAUGAAAUAAGAGACAUGCUUAUUACGGAACCCUUUACGUUUGAUAUAAACGUUUCUUCUCUGAGGCCAAAUACUGAAUAUUAUCUUAAAUUAAUGAAAGUGCCAGUGGACGGUUUAACCCAGCAGGAUUCAGACGAUGUUCUUUUCAGCAAUACUGUUACAGUAAAGACGUAUCCCUUAGAAGUGAAGAAGACCUUCCAAGGCUGUUUCCAUGGCAACCAUUCCUAUGAAAUUGGAGAGGUGUUUUUCGAUGGAUGCGAGUACAAAUGCAUCUGUCGAAAAGGAGGGUUAUUUGAAUGUCAAGACCGAUGUGAAGUCUACAUAGACACUAUUGGGUACGAAAACUGCAAAUGGGGUCCGGCCGCAGAUGAUUCCUGCUGCACUGUGCCUUACUGUAAUGAGCCAUCCUAUACUCAGGGUCCUGUGGUUCCUCCCAACUCAACUUUAGCCCCUCCUUCUGUGACUAUUUGUAAAGGAACUAGAGGAGAAUCUCAUACCGUGGGGGAGGUGUGGGUGGAGGAGAACAAUUGUAAGAAGAAAAUCUGUAACUGUGAAAUUCACAAAAACGGAUCCACAAUAGUCAAAUGCAAGGAGGGUUGCCCCUCGAUAUCAAAAAAAGCCCUUCAGUCGAGUCCAAACUGUCCAUUUCCUAUUCUAAUCACCCCCGAUGAUAACCCGUGUUUAUGCCCUUAUGUCUUUUGCACCAAUUCUUUCAACCCCUUACAGCUACCAGGGAUGGGAUGUACAUUCAAGGGGAAGCAUUACAAGGUCGGUGAGGAGUUUCACGAUGAAUGUCGAUCCUUGUGUCAUUGUGGUCCUGACUUGGAGGUCAACUGUGCUCUUAUUGAAUGUCCGCAUCACUUUCCUCCCCACGUGACCGAAUGUUUGGAGUGGCAUAUAGAUCCUAAUUUCCAGCCAAUACCGCCCAAUUGUUGCCCGCCUCCAAAAUGCAAAAACGAUGGUUCCUGUCGUUUCAAUGGAAUAAAAAUCAACAAUUUCCAACCUAUCCCUAAUGAGCUAUUAGACUGUGGAACACGAUGUGCUUGCGUCAACGGUAACGUCACAUGUGAGAAUAGGUGUCGACCAUUAGGUAAUAUUCCUCCACCUAAUCUUCCCUGUCCACCAGCCCUAGCCUACAAAGGGCAUAUUCCUGGAGACACGUGCUGCAUGCACUGGAUGUGCAGAGAGCCACAUCCAUCAGGUAGAACUCUGGAGAAUGUUAGCAUCGUUGCACUAAAUGGCACUACCGUUAGAGUGCGCUUCACUCUUCCGUCUCUCCUGGUGGGGCUGGUGGGUCAUGCCGAACUCCAUUACACUACCAAUCCUACUAUUCCUCGCCCAGCGUGGCUAGUGCAGAAGUUUGCCCGUCCCCAGCGAUUGUUUGACACUUCGAACAUAGAGUAUUACAUGACUAAACUACAACCUGGUUCUACCUAUUUCUUCCAAAUUCGGGUUAUCAUGGAGACAUUGCGCGGAGGUCCAGAGAGCGAGGUAUACAAACUGACAUUGCCAGAAAUUUUUAUCCCGCCAUCUACAACUACUCAAAGCACCACAACUACGCGGGAAGAGAAAAUGAAGCUGGCAUUACUAGGUACUGAACAAAGUGUUGAAACGACCACACUGCCCUCUGUGCUUGUCUUAGACACCAAUAUGAAAGUAGAUUCCAUAAAAACCAACAGUGUAAACGUCACAUGGCGAAUGUUUGAACCCCAAGAAAAGAAGUUAAUUGAUGGACUACUUUUGAAGUACAAGUUAAAAGAUGAGACUAGCAGUGAGUGGAAAAGAACUCCUAUAAUUCACCGCGAAGUAACAUCAUACAAGAUCAGUGAUUUGCAGCCUAGUACGUCUUACAUGAUUGAAAUGGAAUUUAAAAACCUUCCAGAUAUCCCUACUCACGUUAUGUCGGAUACGCCAAUGGAAGUGAAGACCUUACCACAAGUCACAGAAGAACACACGUUUGUUGUUGCUCUUCAUGUGGACAAAGUUGGACCUUAUUCGACUGAACUGUCGCUAUCAGGUGCUCCUUCUCCGCUCGAAAAGUAUGUCCAUGUUGUGAGGCUGGUGUACAGAAAUCAAUCCGACUCCAGUCAACAUUACUUGUUUAAAAUACCCGAAGAACAUUUAACACUCGAGAAACUCAGACCAGCAAGCAGAUACACGAUUUGGGCUGAAAUAUUUCUGAUCAAUGGUAAAACCAUAACAUCCAAUACACUUGACGUCACAACUAAAGUGGAACCUCUUUUACUCUCGUCAUCAGAUAAUAGCAGUGAACAAGUUAUUGUCAACGACCCAGAAGCUUUGCAGGAGAACCAGAGCAGUACCAACACGUACAGUAAGGCUUAUUAUGUGGCUCUUAUCAUUGUCGCUAUUAUAGCUGGAGUGACUGGCCUCGGGUUCAUUAUCCUGCUUAUCCUGUUGAUGAAAAAACAAUCUAGUGCAAAAGCUCCGAUUUCAAAAGCUCCUUCGAAAACAGAUUACGAUAAUCCAACUUUCAAGAGUUAUGAUGCAGAAGGUCUCGAACAGAAAAGUGGAAAUGGACAAGCGUGAAUCAUCAUCUUCACUAACAGUGCCACACUCACAAAAAUGACCUACAUACUGAUUAGUAAUUUAGUUACCUCUACUGCUGGCCAAUGGAAAAGAAGUUGUACAAAUUGUUGAUCAAUGUCACAUUUCAAGUCUUUAUUAUCAGUGUUGUUAUAACUAUAUAUUUCACAAUCGUGCACCUUUUACACGAUGAAGACACAAUGUGUAUAUCUUCAUACACAACCACGCGAUUAGCAGCUCACUUUAUUCUAAUCUAAUCAUAUUCAAACAUUUUUAGGGUUUUAACUUAACUUAUCCAGUCUCUAGGAACCGCCAAUACGAAAUUUCUACGUAUAUUGACGAUAAAGUAUUAUACAGCUCUUCUUUAUCAUUCAAAUAAAUACAUUUCUCCCGCUCCCUGGUGGCUCAGCAUUAAGCUUGAAUGCUUAUAAUGCUAAAAUUCGGAGCUUGGUUGUUGCAGUUGGCACAGGACACAUAGCUCGUUUUUGGCUUUGUAGCUGAACAAAGAAAUAAAAUUCUCUUUCUAAAACCUUGUAAUAUAUUUAAAGAGUAGACUGAACAAAGCUUGAUGUGGACAAAGCAACAUAAAUCUAACACCAAUUUAUACGAUUUAUACUCUCAGCUUAUGAUUUUCGUA